CUUCGACGAUCACGGCAGCAUGGAUCACAUGGCCCACCACUACCGCUCGCUGAGUCACUCGCCCACUGACGGGAUGGGCUGCGGCAAGGCCCGCAAGAAUAAGGAGGACAAAUACUGCGGCGUGUGCGGGGACAGAGCUCUGGGCUACAACUUCGAUGCCAUCUCUUGCGAGUCCUGCAAGGCUUUCUUCAGAAGGAACGCCCCCAAGGGCCUAGAGUACUUCAAGUGCCCAUACGAGGAGAAAUGCAAGAUGGACGUCUCCAACCGCAGGUUCUGCAAGCGAUGUCGUUUGAGAAAAUGUUUCGAGAUCGGCAUGCGCAAAGAGUACAUUCUGACAGACGAGGAGAAAAUGAGGAAACGGCAACGUAUCGAAGAAAACCG